AUGGCCGUUGGGGAUCUAUUGUCCGCUGUGAGCACAUGGCCGCUGUACGACACUGAGGGGAUAUUGUCGGGGAAACAUUUGAUCGAUGAUCCAGUAGCCAUAGCUGUUUGUAAAAUAAGUCUGUAUUUCAAAGGCGUGUCACAGGCUAUUUGAGUUUUCAGCCUAGCCAGUAUAGUCGUAGAGAGGUUCAUUGCCGUAGUUCAUCUACUUGAAGCUAAAUUUCUGAUGCAAAAGACUCGACCCCGAGCUGUUACAUUGGCACUAACUUGGAUCGUCCCGUUACCAUUACUGUACCAUGCCUCAGAUUCUUAA